CCCUGCGCUGGAUGACGUCUUUCUAACGAAUUUCCGGCUCGGCGGUCGACAACAGGAAAAUAACAGAAGAGGCCUGAACUUUUCUUCUGGGCUAAGACAAGCAUCCCUGUCGGCAUGGGAGGGGGCGAUCUGAACCUGAAGAAGAGCUGGCACCCCCAGACUCUGAAGAACAUCGAGCGCGUGUGGAAGGCGGAGCAGCGCCAUGAGGCCGAGCGCAAGAAGAUCGAGGAGCUGCAGAAGGAGCUGCGGGAGGAGAGGGCGAGGGAGGAGAUCCAGCGCUACGCGGAGGAGACGGGUGCUGUCAAGAAGAAGGAUGACCGGCUGGACUGGAUGUACCAGGGGCCUGGGGGCCAGGUGUCCCGCGAUGAGUACCUGCUGGGCCGCCCCAUCGACAAGCAGAUCACCCAGCAGUACGAGGAGCCCGACAGCGGCCCCUCUGCCCAGACGGGUCUGCUGCCCGGCUCCAUCUUCAACCCCCCCUCUGCCGCCAACGCCCACGACAUUGCUGCGAAGAUCCGUGAGGACCCCCUCUUCCUCAUCCGUAAACGGGAAGAGGACAGAAAGAGAGAGGUGCUGACCAACCCUGUCAAGAUGAAGAAGAUCAAGGAGAUGCUGCAGAAAAACCUGGAGAAGAAGAAAAAGAAGAAGGAUAAGAAAAAGAAGAAGCACAAGAAGCAUCGCCGGCAUAGCUCGAGCGAAGAGGACUCCAGUAGUGACGAGGAGCAGCCAUCCAGGUCUCGACGGAGAAGUACCAGCCCCUCCCCGCCCUCCUCACUGCCUCGCCUGCCUGGGUACGGCCUUCAGUUGCCGGCCAGCAGGAGUCGCCAGCGUGCAGCGUCUCCGGACCAGGAAGCAGCUGCAGGGCGGUCAGGGCUCCAGGGUCCGAGCCGCUCGCCACACAGGAGCUCCAGCCACGGCACGCACGCCCGCGGCGACAGGGAGCAGAAGCACCGGGGCCAGAGCCCCCCGCCCCCCCGGCACCGCGCUCACCGGCAGCAGGGCUCCAGCCACACCAAGCGGCUGUCGGCCGAGGAGCUGGAGAGGAGGCGGCGCGAGAUGAUGGACUUCGCCCGCUGGCGGGACGAGGAGCGGGCUGGCAACGUGGAGCGGUACCGCGAGGAGGAGGAGCAAGAGAAGGCCCAGGAGGCGCAGUGCAGCCGAGACGACAAGUUCAUCCGAGACAUGAAGCUGCAGAGCGCCUCCACCUCCUCUCUGGAGGACCGGGUGAAGAGAAACAUCUACUCCCUGCAGAGGACUCCUGCGGCGCUGGAGAGGAACUUCAUGAAGAGGUAGCGGAGGGAAGCAAGGGACGGCGUGAGCGCGACGGGGAGAGACGCGUCUCAGGUUUCGGAGUAGAUAUGGUAUCCCAGGUCCCUGUGUUCCCCACUGCCGUGUCCUGAUAGCGUGUUGGGAGCAGCCAGCAGGCAGCACUGUCCAGUCCGUCAGCCUGCAUUCUGUCCUGCCUGUUCAUGGUGUCUAGCAGCAUGGAGGCAGACCUGCAGCAGGCUUUCUGACACCUGAACGCGGCACAGAUCAGAAGGGUUUUGCUGAAUACCGCUGAGAUUACAAUCCACGGUUUUUGGUACCUCCAGCUGUAAUGUUACAGAACAAGAUAAGAUAAAGUAAUAGAUACUUUUACUGUAUGUGAUAGCAAAGCCCAACCCAGUGAGUGUGUGGUUUAACAGCCUGUGUGCUGGUGUUGUACCUGACACUCAAGGGACCGGAGUCACGGAGAACAGUGUUCAAAAGGAAAUGCCUGCAGAUUCAGAUCAGUGUCUCUUGGUUAUAACUAACAGUCUAGUUUGGUUAAUUGUUUCUUAAAUUGAGGAAUCCAUUAUUUUUUCCAGAAAGUCAAAUUGAACCUUGUGGACAGAUAGGGCUCUUUCCUGCUCAAUGCUAAAUUCUGUAAGUGUUGCAGAAAAACAACAGGUCCGUCUCCACAGCUCACUCCUCGUCCCCAACUUUCAGGCUGCUGUGUCCUCUGGGACAAUGUCAGGCUUCCAGAGCAUUUUGCUUGUUAGAUUGGCAGCUUGUCUCUGCAGGUAUCUCUGCGAGUCAGUUUGAGCAGAAGAGCAGGAGGGCGGCUUUGUGAUUCUGGACAGAGUGUUCCUUCAUUCAGGGAAGAAAAGACUCGUAUUUCCUCCUGAGAUUCAUUUUGAUAUAUUUUAUACAGGACAGUUUUUUUUUUUACAAAUCUGAGAUACUAAUACAAAUACUGUCAAAGCCGGCUUUGUUUGCAGUAUUUAUUCUGGACCUUGGUUUGGUUUUUUCAGAGAUGCAUGGGAGUUUAUUCAAAUGUGUACAUCUGCGUGUUAAGAAUUUAAUUUCUCACCUCCAGACUGUGGACCUCUCACUGUUUCAGUUGUCUCAAGCGUUGUUGUAUUAUAAUCAAGAGCUGUCUUUCUUUUUCCUGGAACAUUACUGUAAGACAAUGCAAACAGCACCAUGUAAGAAUAUUGCUUUUAAAGAUUAAAUUUUAGUUAUGUCCUGU